CCCCUGCUCUUGUCCCCAGGGAGUGGGGAAGGCCAGGGCCAGAUCCUGCAGCGCUUUCCAGAGAAGGACUGGGAGGACAACCCAUUUCCCCAGGGCAUCGAGCUGUUCUGCCAGCCCAGCGGAUGGCAGCUGUGUGCCGAGCGGAACCCACCGACGUUCUUCGUUGCUGUCCUCACUGAUAUCAACUCCGAGCGGCACUACUGUGCCUGUCUGACCUUCUGGGAGCCUGCGGAGCCUGCCCAGGAUGCCGUGUGUGCUGUGGACACCACAGGGAGUGACGAGUUGGCCGAGGAGGGGGGCCCUGUGCAACUCUCGCCCGUACCCCCAAGUCCCCCCGGCCAGCUGUUUGCUCCGAAGACCCUGGUGCUCGUGUCGAGGCUGGACCACACGGAGGUGUUCAGGAACAGCCUGGGGCUCAUCUACACGGUCCACGUCGAGGGCCUGAGUGUGUCCCUGGAGAGCGUCAUUGGGAACCUGCUGACCUGCACCAUCCCCCUCGCUGGGGGCUCGCAGAGAACCAUCUCUCUGGGUGCAGGUGACCGGCAGGUCAUCCAGACCCCGCUCACUGACUCGCUGCCCGUCAGCUGCUGCAGCGUGGCCCUCCUCUUCCGCCAGCUCGGCAUCACCAACGUGCUGUCCUUGUUCUGUGCGGCGCUCACCGAGCACAAGAUCCUCUUCUUGUCCCGGAGCUACCAGCGGCUCGCAGACGCGUGCCGGGGCCUCCUGGCACUGCUCUUCCCGCUGCGAUACAGCUUCACCUACGUGCCCAUCCUGCCGGCACAGCUCCUGGAGGUCCUCAGCACGCCCACGCCCUUCAUAAUUGGCGUCAACGCAGCCUUCCAGGCAGAGACCCAGGAACUGCUGGACGUGGUCAUUGCUGACCUCGAUGGGGGGACAGUGACUGUUCCUGAGUGUGUGCACAUCCCGCCCCUGCCGGAGCCACUGCAGAGCCAAACGCACGGUGUUCUGAGCAUGGUCCUAGAUCCGGAGCUGGAGCUGGCUGACCUCGCCUUCCCACCCCCCGUGACGUCCUCCUCCUCCCUGAAGAUGCAGGACAAGGAGCUGCGUGCGGUCUUCCUGCGGCUCUUCGCUCAGCUCCUGCAGGGGUACCGCUGCUGCCUGCACAUCGUCCGCAUCCACCCUGAGCCCGUCAUCCGCUUCCACAAGGCAGCCUUCCUGGGCCAGCGGGGGCUGGUGGAGGAUGACUUCCUGCUGAAGGUGCUGGAGGGCAUGGCCUUUGCAGGCUUCGUGUCGGAGCGAGGGGUCCCCUACCGCGCCACGGACCUGUUUGAUGAGCUGGUGGCCCACGAGGUGGCACGGAUGCGGGCAGAUGAGAACUACCCCCAGCGAAUCCUGCGCCACGUCAGGGAACUGGCGGAGCAGCUGUAUAAGAACGAGAACCCAUACCCCGCGGUAACGAUGCACAAGGUGCAGAGGCCGGUGGAGGCUGUCCACCUGCGAAGGACGCUGCGGCCCUUCCCCCGGCUGGACGAGGGCACCGUGCAGUGGAUCGUGGACCAGGCCACCGCCAAGAUGCAGGGCGCACCCCCGGCCGUGCGGGCUGAGAGGAAGACCACCGUGCCUUCGGGACCCCCCAUGACUGCCAUCCUGGAGCGGAGCAGCGGGCUCCACGCCAACAGUGCCCGCCGGCUGGAGGUGGUCCGCAACUGCAUCUCCUACGUGUUUGAGGGGAAGAUGCUGGAGGCCAAAAAGUUGCUGCCGGCCGUGCUGAGGGCCCUGAAGGGCCGUGCCGCCCGCCGCUGCCUCACCCAGGAGCUGCACACGCACGUGCAGCAGAACCGGGCCGUGCUGGACCACCAGCAGUUCGACUUCGUCGUCCGCAUGAUGAACUGCUGCCUGCAGGACUGCACCUCCAUGGACGAGCAUGGCAUCGCAGCCGCCCUGCUGCCUCUGGUCACUGCCUUCUGUCGGAAGCUGAGCCCGGGGGUGACGCAGUUUGCGUACAGCUGUGUGCAGGAGCACGUGGUGUGGAGCACGCCGCAGUUCUGGGAGGCCAUGUUCUAUGGGGACGUGCAGACCCACAUCCGGGCCCUCUACCUGGAGCCUGCCGAGGACCACGCCCCCUCUCAGGAGGUGGGGGAGGCGCUCCCGUGCGAGGACGAGCGGUCGGCCCUGGACGUGGCCUCCGAGCAGCGGCGCCUGUGGCCCACGCUGAGUCGGGAGAAGCAGCAGGAGCUGGUGCAGAAGGAGGAGAGCACCGUGUUCAGCCAGGCCAUCCACUACGCCAACCGCAUGAGCUACCUCCUGCUGCCCCUGGACAGCAGCAAGAGCCGGCUGCUGCGGGACCGCGCGGGCCUGGGCGACCUGGAGAGCGCCAGCAACAGCCUGGUCACCAACAGUAUGGCGGGCAGCAUGGCGGGCAGUUACGACACAGAAAGUGGCUUUGAGGAUGCUGAGACCUCAGAUGUGGCCGGGGCCGUGGUCCGCUUCAUCAACCGCUUCGUGGACAAGGUCUGCACAGAGAGUGGGGUUACCAGCGACCACCUCAAGGGUCUGCAUGUCAUGGUGCCAGACAUCGUCCAGAUGCACAUCGAGACCUUGGAGGCCGUGCACCGUGAGAGCAAGAGACUGCCACCUAUUCAGAAGCCCAAACUGCUGCGGCCGCGUCUGCUGCCCGGCGAGGAGUGUGUGCUGGACGGGCUCCGUGUCUCCUUGCUCCCUGAUGGGCGUGAGGCUGGCGCCGGGGGUGGCGUGGGGGGCCCCGCGCUGCUGCCAGCCGAGGGUGCCGUCUUCCUCACCACGUAUCGGGUCAUCUUCACGGGGAUGCCCGCCGACCCCCUGGUGGGAGAGCAGGUGGUGGCACGCUCCUUCCCGGUGGCCGCGCUGACCAAGGAGAAGCGCAUCAGUGUCCAGACCCACGUGGACCAGUUCCUGCAGGACGGGCUGCAGCUGCGCUCAUGCACGUUCCAGCUGCUGAAGAUGGCGUUCGACGAGGAGGUGGGGUCUGACAGCGCCGAGCUCUUCCGUAAGCAGCUGCACAAGCUGCGUUAUCCCCCAGACAUCAGGGGCACCUUCGCCUUCACUGGGGGCACUGCCCACACGCCUGGCCGGCCAGCCCGGGCCACCAAGGACAAGGGGCCUUCCCUCAGGGCCCUGUCCCGGAACCUGGUGAAGAACGCCAAGAAGACCAUUGGGAGGCAGUACGUCACUCGGAAGAAGUACAACCCCCCGAGCUGGGAGCAUCGGAGCCAGCCCCCCGCUGAGGACCAGGAGGACGAGAUCUCAGUUUCGGACGAGCUUGAGCCCAGCACCUUGACCCCCACGUCGGCCCUGAAGCCCUCGGACCGCAUGACCAUGAGCAGCCUGGUGGAGCGGGCAUGCUGCCGUGACUACCAGCGCCUGGGCCUGGGUACGCUCAGCAGCAGCCUGAGCCGGGCCAAGUCCGAGCCUUUCCGCAUCUCCCCGGUCAACCGCAUGUAUGCCAUCUGUCGCAGCUACCCGGGGCUGCUGAUCGUGCCCCAGAGCAUCCAGGACAAUGCCCUGCAGCGUGUGUCUCGCUGCUACCGCCAGAACCGCUUCCCCGUGGUGUGCUGGCGCAGCGGACGCUCCCGGGCCGUGCUGCUGCGCUCAGGGGGCCUGCACGGCAAGGGCGUCGUCGGCCUUUUCAAGGCCCAGAACGCGCCAUCACCAGGCCAGUCCCAGGCGGACUCGAGCAGCCUGGAGCAGGAGAAGUACCUGCAGGCCGUGGUCAGCUCCAUGCCCCGCUACGCUGAUGCAUCGGGGCGCAACACCCUCAGUGGCUUCUCCUCUGCCCACCUGGGCAGCCAUGUGCCCAGUCCCCGAGCCAGGGUCACCACGCUGUCCAACCCCAUGGCGGCCUUGGUCUCCAGACGGACCGCGCCCCGAGGGAAGUGGGGCAGCAUCCGGGCCAGUGGACGCAGCGGUGGCAGUGUGGAUGUGGGCUCCCGGUUAGCAGGGAGAGACGUACUGGGCACCCCCCAGCCCAACGGGGCACCCCCUGACCCUGGCUUCCUGCGGCCCCAGCGUGCAGCACUCUACAUCAUUGGGGACAAAGCACAGCUUAAGGGUGUGCGGCCGGACCCUCUGCAGCAAUGGGAGCUGGUGCCCAUCGAGGUGUUUGAGGUGCGGCAGGUGAAGGCAAGCUUCAAGAAGCUGUUGAAGGCCUGCGUCCCAGGCUGCCCCGCUGCCGAACUUGGCCCAGCCUCCUACCUGCGCUCACUGGAGGACUCGGAGUGGCUGAGCCAGAUCCACAAGCUGCUGCAGGUGUCGGUGCUGGUGGUGGAGCUGCUGGACUCAGGCUCCUCGGUCCUGGUGAGCCUGGAGGACGGCUGGGACAUCACCACCCAGGUGGUGUCACUGGUGCAGCUGCUCUCAGACCCCUUCUACCGCACCCUGGAGGGCUUCCGGCUGCUGGUGGAGAAGGAGUGGCUGUCCUUCGGCCAUCGCUUCAGCCACCGUGGGGCCCACACCCUGGCCGGGCAGAGCAGCGGCUUCACACCCAUCUUCCUGCAGUUCCUGGAUUGUGUACACCAAGUCCACCUGCAGUUCCCCAUGGAGUUUGAGUUCAGCCAGUUCUACCUCAAGUUCCUCAGCUACCACCACGUGUCGCGCCGGUUCCGGACAUUCCUGCUUGACUCAGACUAUGAGCGCAUCGAGCUGGGCCUGCUGUACGAGGAGAAGGGGGAGCGGAGGGGCCCGCAGGCCUGCAGGUCUGUGUGGGAGUACAUGGACCGGCUGAGCAAGAAGACCCCUGUGUUCUACAACUACAUGUACGCGCCUGAGGACACGGAGGUCCUGCGCCCCUACAGCAACGUGUCCAACCUGAAGGUGUGGGACUUCUACACUGAGGAGACCCUGGCUGAGGGCCCCCCCUAUGACUGGGAACUGGCACAGGGCCCCCCUGAACCCCCCGAGGAGGAGCGGCCCGACGGUGGAGCCCCCCAGAGCAGGCGCCGUGUGGUGUGGCCUUGCUAUGACAGCCGCCCCCGGGCGCAGCCUGACGCCAUCUCACGCCUGCUGGAGGAGCUGCAGCGGCUGGAGACAGAGCUGGGCCGACCCCCCGAGCGCUGGAAGGACACCUGGGACCGGGUGAAGGCUGCCCAGCGCCUCGAAGGCCGGCCUGAUGGGCGUGGCCCCCCCGGCUCCCUGCUGGUGUCCAGCGUGCCACACCACCGCCGCUCGCUGGGCGUGUACCUACAGGAGGGGCCUGUGGGCUCCACUCUGAGCCUCAGCCUCGACAGCGACCAGAGCAGCAGCUCGACGGCAUCUGGCUCCCGCCAGGCAGCUCGCCGCAGUACCAGCACCCUCUACAGCCAGUUCCAGAUGGCAGAGAGUGAGAACAGGUCGUACGAGGGCACCCUGUACAAGAAGGGGGCCUUCAUGAAGCCUUGGAAGGCCCGCUGGUUUGUGCUAGACAAGACCAAGCACCAGCUGCGCUAUUACGACCACCGGGUGGACACGGAGUGCAAGGGCGUAAUCGACCUGGCUGAGGUGGAGUCCGUCGCUCCCGGCACACCUACCAUGGGUGCCCCCAAGACCGUGGAUGAGAAGGCCUUCUUUGACGUGAAGACGACGCGCCGCGUUUACAACUUCUGUGCCCAGGACGUGCCCUCAGCCCAGCAGUGGGUCGACCGGAUCCAGAGCUGCCUGUCGGAUGCCUGACCAACCCCCUCACCCACCUGGCACUUCCCGUGUCACAGACCACUGGGGAGGGGGGCAGGGCCACCCAGCCAUGUUUACAGACCCCCUGGCCCUGACAGUAUUGAGGCCCUGGCCCCCAGCACUUGAGUUUGUACAGCGUCCCCCCUGCCCGGCCCGACAGACUUAACUUAUUGGUGGGCCUGGCGGCGGGCAGCCAUGGUACAGCCCCUUGGGGCGUGUAAAUAGUCCCCUGCCCAGAACCCCACUGGCCCCAGCCGGCCAACAGCACCUCUGUCCCCAGAACAAGAGAGUCUAUAAAGAGAGAACUAAUGGACCCAUCCUGGCUACAGGCUGCCUCCGAGCUCCAGGGCCCGGCUGGGGGAAGGGGGGGCUCCAUGUGUUCUCAGCAGCCCCCAGUCUGGGACUUUGGCUGUUAGGAGGCCCCGGGGGGAGGUCACACGGGGAGGAAAGGUGGGCACAGGGCCCGUGUGCUCGAAGCAGUGGGACCUACUGCUGAGGUUUGUCUCCAAGGACGCAGGUGGGUGUGUGUCACGGUUCCUCUGCCAUCUGAGCUGCCGCCCCAUGGGCCAGAGCCUGGCCUGGGGUGGGUGCCCACGGGGCAUGGUGGGCCAGGGUGUGGGCAUCCAGCCUCAACAUCUGAGGGGCCGUGGCGGUGGGUGGGGGUCUGGGGAGAGAUGGCUGUGGUGACCUAAGGGUACCGUGAGGUCUGAGGCACAGGUUCGUGGCGAGGGGACGGUUCUGGUGGGGACACAUGGAGGACACGCGUGGUGCCGUUGGGUCCCAGGUGUCCACUCAGUGGGGCCAGGACCCCAGCAUCUGAGACUCAUCUCAUGCUCCCCCCAACCAUG